UGGUAACCUAGGCGGUGCGCCUGGGCUAUCUAUACAGACGGUUUCCGGCUCCAGACGAAACGUCACCCAUCCCCCUUUGUGUUCAUACGCACUCUCGACAUUGAGUAAAGGACGAAAAGGGCGUCUUGUGAUUGGCGAUGCCUCCUCUGCCCCGAGCACUUCUCACCAAGUCACCAGUUCGUAAGGCGGGAGCUUGUUUCAUCACACAGACCUCCUUGGACCUCCUCCUCCUCCUCCUCCUCCUCCUCCUCCUCCUCCUCCUCCUCCUCCUCCUCCCCCUCCUCCGCCUCCUACUACUAAUACUAAUAAGGCUUACGCGCCCAUUCGUCAAAACAAACUAGCAGAAGGCGGAGGGAGUGGGCUUGUGUGGGUGCAGUAGCCUGUCUUGCGUGGGCUGUUCGUCUACAUGCCAAGGCAACGAAACGACGUCAAUGCUCCUCGACAUCAGACUGUUCUGUCCUGCCCCCCCUCCCUUUUGCUCUCGGCAAUCUUAUUUGAGUCUUCUCAACAACGUGAGAAUGGCCUGACUGACAAUUAUGGCGGAUUAUGGUUUGUCUCGUAGAAAUGCAAAUGCAAAUCAUGUGUCCCCCGCAACUUGUCAGCGGCCCAGCCUCCUUCUCGGUCUUACCUCUGGCGUCAUCUUGUUUUGAGACUUUCGUUGACUCACACAUAGUUCGUUGGCACCGACGUAGCUUGCCUUCAAACUUAGGGGGCGGCCCCUCCAUUUGCAGACAGCCUAGGAGUGUGGGGUCGAAUACUCCCCAGUCGUGCUACUUACCGCCUUCCCCAUUCAUAAAAAUGAGCGGCAAAACACCCCGCCAAACCUAUUCGCGAUGGCAUCAAAAUUUGGGACGUUGAGCAUGUAUGCGGGGUGAAGAACAGAAGCACAACCAGAUCAUAUCACCCUCGUUUCCUUGACCCAAGAACACAGAAAACCCAGAAAGAAGCCCGAAAAGUUGGAAAGAACAAUCCGCAAUGGCUUCAAACCCCGCUCACUUGGAGCCCUCCAAGCUCGGAACUAAAGAAUACUGGUCUACCCUCUACACCACCGAGCUCACAAACAACGCCUCCAACCCCGAUGACCGCGGCACCGUCUGGUUCGACGACUCGGACGCCGAGUCCAAGCUCCUGACCUACCUCGAGGACCUUACCGAGUCCGCCCCUUUCGACCACUCCCUCCGCCAGUCUGACGCAUCCUUUCUCGACCUCGGCUGCGGCAACGGCUCCCUUCUCUUCGCCCUCCGCGACGAAGGGUGGGCCGGGCGCGCCCUCGGCGUCGAUUACGCGCCCCAGAGCGUCGAGCUCGCGAGGCGCAUCGCCGCGCAGAGACAACGGUCAUCCCCCCAAUACCAAGACGACGAAAACGAAGACACGGCAGACGCGGGGGCCGAAGGAGAAGAGAGGGAGGAAGAAGAGGAGGCCAAGGAGCCCGAGUUCCGGGAGUGGGACGUCCUCAACGGGCCCUGGGAAACGGUCCUCAACGGCGCCCAGACCCAGGGCUGGGAUGUCGUGCUCGACAAGGGCACCUUUGACGCCAUCUGCCUCAGCGACGAAAAGGACGCCAGAGGCCGCCGCAUUUGCGAGGGCUACCGCGGCCGCGCGCUCCGCCUCGUCAGGCCGGGCGGCCUGCUCCUCAUUACGAGCUGCAACUGGACUGAGGAGGAGCUGAGAGCGUGGUUCGAAGGUCCCGCCAACGAAGGCGACACCGGCCGCUUCGUCGCCGUCGGCAAAGUGGAUUAUCCUAGCUUCACCUUUGGUGGCGCCAAGGGCCAAACCAUUAGCAGCCUGUGUUUCCAGAGACAGGCCUAGGCCGGAUGCUCAUGAUGGCCACGAGAUAUAUGAAUACAAAGAUCAUGACGAUACCCC